UGCUCAGAUUGCUGUGGCAGAGGCCCUGGGGAUGCAAAGGGGGCGCGAUGGCAGCGUGGCCCCGCGCUGCCCCUCUCCUUCAGGCUGGGUUUCUUCUGGCCCUUCUUAUUGCGGUGUUCUCUGAGCCGCGGCUGCAAAUGGGGCGUUUCUGUUGUGUUUGCUCUUUUUUUGUUGUUGUUGCACUUCCUCUGCAGGGAAUGGGUACUGAAGAGCAGCAUCCUGAUAGCCAUGGCUGUGUACACCUACCUGCGGCUCAUCGUGGACCAUCACGGCACGGCGCCGCUGCAGGCGCUGCGUCAGAAGGAGGUGGAUUUUUGCAUCUCCCUCCUCCGGGAACGGUUCAUGGAUUGCUUCAUGAUCGGCCGCGACCUCGUGCGGCUCCUGCAGAACGUGGCCAGGAUCCCUGAGUUCGAGCAGCUCUGGAAGGACAUCAUUCACAACCCACAGGUGCUCAGCACGCAGUUCACAGGUGUCCUACAGCUCCUCCAGUCCAGGACCUCGCGCAAAUUCCUGGCGUGCCGCCUCACCCCCGACAUGGAGACCAAACUGCUCUUCAUGACCUCGAGGGUGCGGUUCGGGCAGCAGAAGCGGUACCAGGACUGGUUCCAGAGGCAAUACCUGUCCACCCCUGACAGCCAGUCCCUGCGCUGCGACCUCAUCCGUUACAUCUGCGGCGUGGUGCAUCCAUCCAACGAGGUGCUCAGCUCCGACAUCCUGCCUCGCUGGGCCAUCAUCGGCUGGCUGCUCACCACCUGCACGUCCAACGUUGCUGCUUCCAAUGCCAAACUGGCUCUGUUCUACGAUUGGCUCUUCUUCAACCCUGAGAAGGACAGCAUCAUGAAUAUAGAGCCUGCCAUCCUUGUGAUGCAUCACUCCAUGAAGCCUCACCCUGCCAUCACCGCCACGCUGCUGGAUUUCAUGUGCCGGAUCAUUCCCAAUUUUUACCCCCCUCUGGAAGCUCACGUUCGCCAGGGGGUCUUCAACUCCCUCACCCACAUCGUGGAGAAGCGCGUCCUCGCCCACCUGGCUCCUCUCUUUGACAACCCCAAGCUGGACAAGGAGCUCCGAGCCAUGCUGAGGGAGAAGUUCCCAGAGUUCUGCAGCUCCCCCUCGCCCCCCAUUGAAGUCAAAAUUGAGGAGCCCGUUUCCAUGGAGAUGGACAAUCACAUGUCAGACAAAGAUGACAGUUGCUAUGACAACGCCGAGGCCGCCUUCAGUGAUGAUGAAGAGGACCUGAACGGCAAAGGGAAGAAAAGGGAGUUCAGGUUUCAUCCGAUCAAAGAAACCAUCGUGGAGGAACCCGUGGACAUCACGCCGUUCCUGGACCAGCUGGACGAGUCUCUGAAGGACAAAGUGCUGCAGCUGCAGAAGGGGAGCGAUACGGAAGCUCAGUGUGAGGUCAUGCAGGAAAUCGUGGAUCAAGUCCUGGAGGAGGACUUUGACUCCGAGCAGCUAUCAGUGCUUGCCUCCUGCCUCCAGGAGCUCUUUAAGGCUCACUUCCGCGGGGAGGUUUUGCCAGAAGAGAUCACAGAGGAGUCUCUGGAGGAGUCGGUGGGGAAACCGCUCUACCUCAUUUUUAGGUCGGUCUGCUCUCACAAUGGCCCAGCCAGUGUCCCAUUCCCACUGUGUGUCCUGGCCCAAUAUCCCACAUCCCAUCCCCAGUGUGUGCCCCGUCCCCUAU